CAAACAAAAAACAACCCACUCCUCCCCCAAGAUCUUGAUAUUUCAGGGAUUUUAGUGAUGAGAGAAACUUAGUCCCAGCUCUCAGAAUUCCCAGCAGGACACUGUAACUCUUAGAACUUAAAAGUUAAGCCUUUUUUAAAUUUUAAACUCAUAUCACAGUGGGAAGCUCUUUGUAGAAAAUCAAGCUUCCCAACCAUGCUCUGCUGUAAGGUUGGAAAUUUACAUUCUCUGUAGUUACUGGUGGAGCAGGAGUAAAGUUUCUUGUAAGACUUCUUUUUUUCUGUGAGAAUAAAAGGUAUAGAAGUUUUUAUUUUCUCUAUUUGAUUGCUGAGAUAGAUGAAUUGCAAAUCCACCGACUGAAGAGGAGUGAAACAAGAUGCUGUAUCCUUGUCAGUGAUUAAAUGAGGUUUGAUGUACUGAGGCAGUUUUACUGUGCUCUUUGAUUCACACUAGCUUGAAUGUACCAAUAGAAGUGAAUAUAAGGUUAUGUCUAAAAGUGUUUACCUUUUUUGGUAUCCAGUUCUGAUCUAGGUAGAAGUUCCAUGUAGUUCCAAAAGGGGGAUUUUCCUAAGCAGAAUUAAAAAGUAAUAUUUUCUACAUAUGCAGAUGACCGAAUAAGUAGAAGUAAGGCAUUUUGUCUCUCAGGUAUUUUAUCUGAACUUUUAAAAAAAGUAAAGGCUUUACAAGAACAGGUUUAUUACACUGAACGUAAAAGGUAGUGUUUUUCUUUCCAAGUGAUAUUGUCAGAUAAGCAUGGGCAUGUGCUUCUUGAGCAUCAAAUACCAUUUGUUUAAACAAAGGAUGACAAUUUAUUGGUUGAUUGACUGAAGUGGAAUGGAACGUGGAAUUGAAAGCAUUCACCCAACAUUUUUUUAUAUAUUGUGGCUUUUCAAGGCUGUACAAAAUAAAAUCUUAUUUGUCUAAUUUUUCCCAUCCUGCCCCAAAUGCUUCUUCUAAUGUGAAACUUUGAGUGGUUCAGAAACAAACAGCAACUUUUACUGUUAUGUACAAUUCAUAUCAAGAUUUCAUGGGCAAUCUUUGCCUUCUUGAAGGCACAUGGAGUGGGAUCGAAACACAUUAAUUAGAUCAAUUAAAAAGCAUGGAGAGAAUGUUAACAAUCCUUCCACUCAGGUACUGGAAGUGUCACAUCAGGUACAAAAUAAGUUAUUGGUGUAUUUCAAGUUCUAGGUAAAAUUAAACUAUUCUUGCUUUGCAGAACUAUUUUGUAUUCUCACUUGCAGCAAAACCACUCUGUUGCACCAGACACUCACAGAAUUUGAAAGGCAGCAGGCCACUUACAGUCAUCACAACUUACUGAGGAUAGCUAAGUAUUUCCCCAUAUUAUUGUAUGCCCUUAGUUUUAAGGAAAUUUUUUGAUGUAAAUGUGAUUUAGGGGUUAGAGCUGCAAUAUGAUAUGCUUGUUCUGCUUUUGUUCUCCCCUAGCCAUCCACUUCUUGUGCCUCCCUGUAUCCCUGAUAGGAAUCGCUAUGAUUGCCCUGAUCUUGCAUUCUUAUGUUGGCUUUGCAGAACAAUCUGGGUAGCAAUAACCCUCUGCUUUGGACAGUGUUUCAUUCUUCGCUUUUGCAGGUGUCAGAUAUUCAUAUCAGCAUAUUUCGGGAUCCCAAACGAGCUCCCGACUUUGAAAAAUUCUGUUCUGAAACACUUGACGUAAUUCAGCCAGCACUUGUUCUAGCAACAGGUGACCUGACGGAUGCUAAGACAAGAGAUAAACUGGGGUCUGAGCAGGUAGAAGAAGAGUGGAAAACUUACCAGUCAAUUCUGAAGAGAUCAAGAGUCAUGGAAAAAACCAAGUGGAUAGACAUCAAAGGGAAUCAUGAUUCAUUCAACAUUCCACACCUGAAUAGCGUUCAGAAUUAUUACAGGAAAUACUCUGCCUGGCGUAAAGAUGGCUCCUUCCAUUAUAUCCACACUACCUCUUUUGGGAACUAUUCAUUCAUCUGCGUGGAUGCCACACUCAGCCCAGGCCCUAAGAGACCCUAUAAUUUCUUUGGGAUUUUAAACACAAAUCAAAUGGCAGAGCUGUCUUUGAUGGCAACAGAAGGUCUGCACAGCAACCAUACUAUCUGGUUUGGCCAUUAUCCCACCUCAACAAUCAUCUCCCCAGCCCCAGGAAUACGAACAUUAAUGAGUUCUGCCACAGCCUAUUUAUGUGGACAUCUCCAUACAAUGGGGGGGCUCAUGCCAGUGUUGCACAGUCAGCACCGUGGUGGCACUCUGGAACUCGAACUGGGAGACUGGAUGGACAAUAGAAGGUACCGGAUCCUUGCGUUCGACCACGACCUCCUUAGUUUUGCAGAUCUUAACUUUGAAGAGUGGCCUGCAGUUCUCAUCACCAAUCCCAAGUCCUUGCUUUACAGCAGUUCUACUCAUGAACCACUAGUCAGAAUUCUUCAUUCCACUCAUAUCAGAAUUCUGGCAUUCUCUCCUUCUGUCAUUGUCUCCGUCAAAGUCUCCAUAGACAGAGUUCACUUGGGGAAUGCACAUCAGGUGUCUGGUCCUCUCUAUGUGCUGAAGUGGAGCCCACAGAACUACAGUGAAGGCUUCCAUCGCAUAGAUGUGACUGUCCAGGAUGCUUCAGGAAGAAUUGGCACACGGGGCCAUAUAUUUGCUAUGGAAGAAAAGCUCUCUCUUAGAUUUGACUUUUGGCCAUCUGUGAUUCUUCUCACUGACCACUAUGUUCUAGCUCGUGUGCUCUUUGGGCUGAUUGUGCUGGUUCAGAUCACCUUGCUUGUUGUUUUCAGAUACCUCCAAAAGCCAGUACUCAAAGAAAAGCCGGGAUUACUUACUCUGACUUCAUACUCCCUUCAUGUCUUCAGUAAAACAAACACCUUCUACUACUCAAUUCUGGUUCUGAAUUUGUACACCAUUCUGGGACCGUGGUUUGUAGGUGAGCUGAUAGAUGGCCAGUGGGGAGCCUGCUUUUCCUUCGGGGUGUUCGUUGGUGGUUCUUUCUUACAGGGCAGCAUGACAUUUGUGGUUGGGAUUUUACAGAUGUUGUUUUUCAACCUGCCAUUAAUGGCCUAUCUGUGCUGGUGCCUGUUUUUGCGGUGCCGGGGUCACAGCUUCCGCUCUCACAUCCGUCAUGUCCGAAGCCUCACAGCUGUGCUUGUUCACCUGGCCAUGGCACUCCUCCUGGCCUGGCAGCUCUAUUCCUGCUAUUUCCUCCAGCGAACCUAUGGGACCUUGGCUUUCUUCCUCUCCCCAAUGAGAAUGUGGCUGGUGGCACUGACCUCAGCUCUCAUUUAUAAAACCUGGACACUGAAAUCAUCUGAGCUCAGAACUUAUAUAGUAGAAAUGAAAAACUGUCAGAGCUCCUGAAGUACAGUAUAAGUAUUCCAAAUUCUUUGUUUUAAAAACUGUGAAGGUACAACCUAUUGUUUUGUGAUGCUGGAAUUCCAUGCAGCUCAACCAUUAGGUGGUAAGAUCUGAAGUUGCACCUGCACUGCUACACAACUGUAUUAAAUAGUAAAUGUACAAUAUGUAGUACAUACUUUUCUUGUAUUAUACCAUAUACUGUAUAAUAUAUGUUAUAUAAUACAGUUACACAUUCAGUCAAAUGUAUAAUAGUGGGCUUUUUGUGAUACAGAACACGGAUAUGUCUGGACAUGUUUGUCUAUUACUGUGAACAGAAAAAUAUUUUUGAUUUAUUAAUUUUUUUAUUUUUAUAAUGCUGGGAAAAGUGAGCACAGAUCUUGAAAUGAGCUUCAGGAUUUUUGCUUAACUUUGAUUUUUAUUUCAAGAUUUACAAGAUUUUUACAAGACUAACUGCAAGACUAGACCAGAUGUCUUUAUGAAGUAAUAGUGGCUGCAGAGGUGCUGUGGUGGCUUUCACAGCAAGAGUCCUAUGCUGAUACACUUUCAGUGCAUAAUGCUGUAUACAAACAGCUUACAGGCUGUUAGGUGUGUAUACGUGUGUUUGUGGUCAUGUUUACCUGAGCUGUGGCCUAUUGCUCAUUUUCAAUUCUCCCACACCUGACCAGUGAAAAGACAGUGAAAGAUCAAUGUUGCUGGGAUUCUCAGCUGUAGGCAGAGUUCAGCUUCAAAGCCAUGGAGACCAUGUCCUCAGGAUGGGAGAUCCUGGAGGAAUUAUGUGGUCUGAUGCCUACAGUGUCUGUAACUGAGCAGGUCAGGCCUGUGUUUCUGGGUCUCAGUCAAAUGCACUAAAGAGUGACCUAAGAAAACUUGUUUUUUUGUUUUCACUUUUUUCCAAGUCCAAGAAUGAUAAUACAAUUAGUUACAUUUAUGAAGACUGAAAGGAUCCAGAGCCAAGAGAGCCGAAGUGCCUUGAUUUGUGAAGGAAAACACUGAGUUGCUUUACAGAAGACUGCUGUGAGUGGAACAUUUAAAAUAAUUUAGGUAAUUUUACAGUAAUUUAUUUAUGGCUCCUUGAAAGAAAAGGGAGAGGUAACUUAGGGCUCCUGUGACUGUAGUAGAACACAGGAAAAUAAAUUUAAUUGGAAGAAAAUGUUAACUAAAACAAAGACUUUUUGUUCUUUCUAAAAGGUGACAGUUUUCCUACUCUUUAAUUUGUAUUCUUCAAUGAUUGAUGAUAUAAUAGAGCUCUCAUUUGCAUAAGUUAAAUACACUGUUAAGACAGUACAGAAUGUCAUUUGUUGCUACAGAAGUUUGUUUUGCAAAGCUGUUAGAAAAUCACAGGGCACAAAAUCUAUGUGAGAAAUGCUACUGAAAAAUUAAUAAUGACAUUUCACAAUUACUUUUAUGUGAUAAGGGAGCAUAAGAACUGGCAAUAAAAUACUUCAUAUUUCUA